AUGGAUGAAAUGUAUUUGGACGUAGCUGGCGGAUAUGAAGAAGAUUGCAAAAUAACUCAAAUGCAGUACCACUCUUUCCUUCCGUAUUCGACUACAGCUUUAUCCAAUAACGAUGAAAUUAGAAUAUCUAUUCAAAAUAUGGACGCUUACACUUUUCCUUGCGAGAGCUAUCUUUACAUUGAAGGUAAAUUAAAUAUACCUGCAGAUAUUACUGCAGAGAAGAGUGAAUUCAGCUUUACAAAUAAUGGCUUAGCAUUUUUAUUUUCUGAAAUCCGAUAUGAAAUUAACGGAGUGGAAAUACAAAAAUUAAAAUCUCCUGGAAUAUCUUCGAGUCUUAAAGGUUUUUGCUCGCACACUCCGAGUGAAUUGAACAAUCUACAAAAUGCUGCUUGGGACGUAGAUAUGGAUGCCAGUGAAAAUAAACAUUUCAUGUUAAAUAACAAAUUCGCUGGUUGUAUCCCGCUCAAACACUUGUUUGGAUUUUGUGAAGAUUAUAAAAAAAUACUACUCAACUGUAAUCAACAAAUAAUUUUAAACAGAUCGUCUACAGAUUUUGAUGAGUUGUAUGUUUUGACGACAACUCCUAAUGAAAAACUUAAAAAAGUAGCCAUUGAAUUAAAUAAAAUUAUCUGGAAGAUGCCCAUCAUCAGAGUUAGUGAUAAAGAAAAAAUAAAACUGUUAAAAGUAUUAGACUCUCGUAAACCAGUUGCAUGUGCGUUCAGAAAUUGGGACUUUUUGUUGGAGAAACCUAGAUUUGCAUUAAUCGGACUUCAAACCGAUCGAAAAAAUAAUUCAUUUAAUCCAUCAGGACGAUUCGAUCACUGCUAUUUGAAAAACCUAAAAGUACAUUUAAACUCUGAAGUAUAUCCAUAUGAAGAUUUUCGUGCAGAUUUCACAAACAAUGUUACGGCUAUAUUGUACAAGGCAUAUGCUGAAUUCCAGAAAUCGUACUACAAGAGAGAGUAUAGUGACCCUUUACUUCCUAAAAAUAUUUUUCAACAAUUUGUACCAAUCGUAGUCGUGGAUUUAUCACGACAGAAUGACAACGUAAAAUCAUCGACUGUAGAUUUACGAAUUGAAUUCGAAACAGACAAGGCCAUUCCAGCAAAAACCGCAGCUUAUUGUCUCAUUUUACACGAUCAAAUUAUAACUUAUAACCCGUUUAAUGGUGAUGUAAGGAAAUUGUAA